CUGGGAUGGGGCUCGGGCUCGGGCGCGCGGGCGGCCGCCCCCUGACACCCGGACCAUGAGCGGUGCUCUGCUCCUCAGCCAGAGGGGCUUCUGCACACGGCUCGGAAUGAGCGGGUGGGAGUGUGAGGGGUCCGACCCCCCCCACGGCACCGACUCGCUGGUCAGGAACACACGUUACCGCAGGACGGCCCCCGGGUCACUCCGCCGCCCCGUCUACAUCCACCCGCCCCGGCACUACCCAGACAUGACGCUGCUCUCUGCUCAGGCCAGCUCUCUGGAGGCCACGGGGCUGAUCCCGCGGGAGAACCCGGAGCAGAAGAUGCUAGAGAAGCGAGCGAAAGUGAUUGAGGAGCUGCUGCAGACGGAGGCAGAUUAUAUCAAGGACCUUGAGAUGUGUGUGAGCACCGUACUCACCCCACUGCGAGAGAGCCAGGUACAGAAGGUGGACUGCGAGUCUUUAUUUGGGAACAUUCUCACUGUCAUCGACCUGGCCACGAGAUUGCUCACAUCACUGGAGGAGACAGACACAAUAGGCCCUGUGUUCCUGAGAUACCGUGACGAGUUGGAGGAGGUUUACAAUGUUUAUUGUCAGAACCACGAGGAGGCCAUCGCUUUGCUCGAGGUGUACGAGAGAGAGCCCGAGAUCCAGGCUCAGCUCAGCUCCUGCCUCCAGGAACUCCGGACAAUAUAUCGUCAGUGGGGCAAAACCAACUACAUAAACCUGGGCUCGUUCCUGAUUAAGCCGGUGCAGAGAGUGAUGCGAUACCCACUGCUGAUCACUGAGCUGCUGGGCUCCACCCCAGCCUCGCACAGCGACCACCAGCCCCUCGCACUCGCCCUCUCCUCCCUCAGGGAGCUCAACGUCCACAUCAACGAGUGCAAGAGACGCAAGGACCUAGUGUUGAAGUACCGUAAAGGGGACGAGGAUUCUCUGAUGGACAAGAUCUCAAAGCUGAGUAUUCACUCCAUCAUCAAGAAAUCCAACCGUGUCAGCAGCCACCUCAAGCACCUGACAGGCCUGACCCCCCAGAUAAAGGACGAGGCUUUUGACGAGGCUGAAAAGCAGUUUGGAGGCCUGGAGCGGCUGAUAAAGUCCUUCGUCCGGGAUGUGUCCCUGUACCUGCAGCACAUGAGGGAAUCGGCCUCAGUGACGGUUUUAGCUGCGAUGAGUAUGUUGGACCUGCACCGGGAGCAGAGUCGGACCGAUCUCGAGAGUUUCCAUCGCGUUCAACGCUGCAUCAGCGACAAACUCUUCACCGACUUUAAGGAGCGUACAGAGCGGUUGGUGACCGGGCCGCUGAGUCAGCUGCUGACCAUGUUUGCGGGGCCGCACAAGCUGGUGGGGAAGCGCUUUGACAAGCUGCUGGAUUACCACACAUGCCGGGAGCGAGCGGAACGCCUGGGUGGCCGCCGGCCGCUGGAGGAGCUGCAGGCCGCUCGCAACGACUACGAGGCCCUGAACGCCCAACUGCUGGCCGAGCUGCCGACCUUCCACACCAAAGCCCAGGACCUCUUCCUCGCCUGCGUCCGCAGCUUUGCCGAGGCUCAUCGCGAGUUCGUGAGGGUCACGCUCGAUGAACUCGAGCCGCUGGCUCAGAUGACCGCUCUGGGUCGCAGGGACGCGAGCAUCGUGGCGAUGUUCCAGGAGCAGCACGGAGCUGUCCUGCAGCAGCUACAAGUCUUCAGCUUCUUCCCGGACUCUCUGCCCCCGGCCAGGCGGCCGUUCGAGCGCCGGGUGAUAGAGCGUCAAUCCUGCCGCGGGCAGCCGGCGGCACAGCCGAUGCAGACGGAGGAGCAGAGGGCAGGGCUACUGGCGCGGUUCGAGCCGGAGAAGCUGUACCAGGCCAAUCGUAACUUCAACGCUGCCCAGGAGCUGGACGUGACCCUACAGGAGGGCGACCUUGUUGCUGUCAUCAAACUGCAGGACCCCAUGGGCAGCCAGAGCCGCUGGCUCGUAGACAACGGAGUGAUGAAGGGCUUUGUGUACAGCUCGUUCCUGAAGCCGUACAGCCCUCGCCGGAGCCAGUCUGACAUCUCGGUCGGCAGCCAUUCCUCCAACGAGUCCGGUUACGGCGGCUCCUCCCCCAUCAUCUCCCAGCAGAACAGCAGCUCCCAGCAGCCGGCUCCGAGCCCCAGCCCCAGCCCGGCACAGCGUCCACAGGGCAACAGCAACAGUACCCCCAACCCCAGCGAACCCGGCCCCACCGCGGAUACGAGGGCCCCCUCCCCUCAGCGACGGAACCUUCCAGAAGCUCCUGCCUCCCCCCCGCGGAGGCCGGCACCGGGUGAGCCCUACGUGAGGUCCAACGUGUCGGACUCGCUGGUGACCUACUGCACCAUGCCGGCCCGGCGCUGCUCCCCCAGCGAGCCCUCACUCCCCCACCGGGCACAGGGUGCGGGCAAAACCAGGGGGCUGCGCAGGGCAGCUUCACAGGAGGAUUAUCUGGAGAGUGACGGUCGGGACCCCAAGCAGCAGGUUUACUACGCCCUGUAUGAUUUCCGCGCUCGCUGCUAUAAUGAGCUGUCGCUGAGGAGCCAACAGCGGGUGCACAUCCUGCGCUUUCACGACAGCAACGGUAACCGGGAGUGGUGGCUGGCCGAGGCCAGCGGCCGGAGGGGCUACGUACCCGCCAACUACAUCAGGAAAACUGAGUACACGUGAGCCGCUUGGGGAGGGGGGAAUGAGGUGGGGGUUAAUCCCUGUUAUCAGGGCAGCUGCAAACAAAAGGACCAUCGAUGGGGACCCAGCAGGAAAGGCUUCUCCUUCCUCUGAACCCGGGCAUCGCCUUCUUUGUGGACGUUUGUUUCAGGGGAACGUUAUUGUGUUAAAAAACUUUUUUAAAAAAAAGGAGAGGGUAAGGUUUGUAUUCGGCUGAGAGGGUUUAUGGGGGUGGGAAAGGGGUCUCUGUGGGACCUCGCUUUACUCAAAAUGGCCAACUUACGUCACUACCCUCAACACCGAGGCUCUCUGCAGAGUUUUGAUGUAAAACUUAAAGCAAAGCCGAAAUGAGGCAUUGCUUUAACUUCCCUUCCUCUGGCAGGAAACUGGGGGGAGGGGGAGCAGAGGUUGACCACAGGCCAAUCUGUGACCGUCUAGUGGUGCGGGUGGGGGGGGCGGUGGG